UAAAAAAAUAUUGAAGUAAAGGGUUAAAAAACAAAAUAUUUUUAAAUGGCACCACUGUCAAGACUGAUAAGCAAAAUAAAAACUUGUGUUAUCUUCACAGAUAUAUAAACAAGUUGAUCUUAGAUAUAUGAUCUAAGGCUGUGGUAGUGUGGUUAUCUUUAAUAUGAUUAUCAUUAAAAAAUUGAAAAGUGUAAGUUAAAAGAAAAGGGGUUAAUUUAUCUUUUAAAUUUAACUUUAUAACAAACCAAGUACGUUAACUGAAAUAUUAAAUUUAAAUUAAAAUCUAAUAAUUUUAAAAUUUUAAUUUAAACUGUGCACUAUUAAUUUACUUAAUACUCCUGGUUUGUGAAGUUAUUGGUUCAUAUGAGAAUUAUUUUUUGUCUUUCAUUGAAAUAAUAGUUUUUUUUGUAUAAUGUAAAAAAAGCUUUAUUAUUUUAAGCAGUAUCUAUAUUAUAUGUGGCUUACAGAGAUAUAAGUUUAUCGGAAUGGUUUUUAAGGAACAAUAUUAGAUAAAAUUGUGUUUCAAAAUGUUCAAGUUCAAUUUUAAUGCAGAUGAGUUUGACGUGUCUGAAUCUAAUGAAAAUGAUGACCAUGUGGUCAAAACAGAAGAAUUAACUAAUUCUUAUACAUUGGCCACUUUGCCAUUCACAGAAUUGAUCAUUGGAGAUAAGUCUUUAAAACUAAUUGAAGAAUUUCCUAAUACAUACAAUUCGGAUCUCAUUUCUGGCACUUAUGAAGGAGGAUUUAAACUUUGGGAAUGUACUCUUGAUCUCUUAGAAUAUCUAAACAAUAACACCAUGUACUGUAAAGAAAAAUCAGUCUUAGAUUUAGGCUGUGGUACUGGCCUUUUAGGAAUUUUUACAUUGAUUUCUGGAGCUCGGAAUGUCGACUUUCAAGAUUUUAAUAAAGAUGUAUUAACCAAUACAACUAUGAGCAAUGUAUUAGUAAACUGUAAAGAAAGGUUAAAAGUUUGCAAGUACUAUUCAGGUGAUUGGAAAUCAUUUACUACAUUUAAUGAAGAUACCUAUGAUCUCAUUUUGACAUCAGAAACUAUAUACAAUGUAAACAACUAUACGAAGCUUAUCAAAUUAUUUGAAAAUAAAUUAAAACCAUCUGGAAGUAUUUUAUUAAUUGCCAAAAAUUAUUAUUUUGGUGUUGGUGGUUCAAUUACUGAAUUUUUAAAUUGUUUAAAAUCUUCUAAAAUGAGUUCGGAUAUUGUUUGGACAAGUACAGACGGAGUAAAAAAAACUUUGCUCAAUAUACAUUUUUGAUUGCUUUAGUACAUAUUUGUUCAUAAAUAAUACAAGAACUAACAAUCAAAUAAUGACAUUGUUUUUUUCAUUUAUCAUUAUUUACAUAAUUAUAAAUGGUAAUUAAUUAACAUUUAAUGUAAUAUUACAUUAAUAUACUUUUCUUUUUGAUUUUGUAAAAAGUGUACAAUGUUGUUUUUAGUCUUUAGUCUGGUUAAAUCAAAAACUAAAAGUUUCUUGUACCCCUAUUUCUUAAUUUAGAUGAAUAUUUAACUAGGAAAAUUGUUAAUUGUUAAUAGAAAUUAGGAAUCAUCCAUUUAAAUUGCUUAGUAUUUUGUCAGAGUAUAAGAAAAAACUACGAAUAGUUCGAGAAAAACAAUGUUGAAUGCCAGUAAUAUAGUUUUAUUUUAAAUUAUCAUAAUUAACUAUGUUUUGUUGUCCACCCUUUUAAAAUAUCACUAUUAUAAU